UCCAAGAAGCAGCAGGAUUACGAUCACAGGAUCGUUACACAAGUUGUGGUAUCCAGCAUGCUGCUCUUAGUCAAUGUCAUUCUAACCCUAUGGAUUUCCACUAUUGGAGGGCAAGAGAAAGUUUGUGAUUUUCCAAAAAUAAGCCACGGAAUUCUAUAUGAUGAAAAGAAAUACAAACCUCUUUUCCCAGUUCCUAAUGGGACAUUUUUCUAUUACUCCUGUGGAUAUAAUUUUGUGUCUCCUUCAAAUUCCUUUUGGACUCGUAUAAUAUGCACAAAAACAGGGUGGACACCAACACCAAAAUGUCUCAGACUGUGCUUCUUUCCUUUUGUGGAAAAUGGUCACUCUGUAUUUUCAGGACAAACACUCCUGCAAGGUGAUAUUGUACAAAUUGUUUGUAAUAAAGGCUACAGCCUUCAAAAUAACCAGAGCACCAUCACAUGUACUGAAGGGGGCUGGUCCACUCCCCCCAGAUGCAUCUCUACCAGAAAAUGUUUAAAAUCAGAUAUUGUAAUUGACAAUGGGUUUUUGUCUGAAGUGGAACACACUUAUGCUUUUAAUAAAGAAACACAAUAUAAGUGUAAGCCAGGAUACAUGACAGCAGAUGGAAAGGCAUCAGGCACAGUCAAAUGUUUGCAAGAUGGAUGGUCUACUCAACCUAUUUGUAUCAAGUCUUGUGAUAUGCCAGUGUUAGUGAAUGCCAGGCACAGAGGAAACCGCACGUGGUACAAGCUGAAGGAGAAGCUGGAGUAUGAGUGUGAGGAUGGGUAUGACUUUGGAGGUGGGCACACCACAGGCUCCACAGAAUGCGGUGAACAUGGCUGGUCCCAUUUGCCCAUGUGCUAUGAAAAAGAAUGCCCUGUUCCAGUUCUUGAUGCAAAUGUAAAUGCUCAUCCAAAGCAAGAAAAAUACAAACUUGGGGAUCUGAUGAAAUUCUCAUGUAGACGAAGACUUACAAGAGUUGGACCAAAUUCAGUUCAGUGCUACCAGUUUGGGUGGUCCCCUCAUUUCCCAACAUGCAAAGAGCAAGUGCAAUCAUGUGGUCUUCCUCCCCAGCUCCCCAGUGGUAAAGUUAAGGAGAUACAGAAAGAAGAAUACAAACAUGGUGAAAUAGUGGAAUAUGACUGCAAUCCCAAUUUUAUAAUGAAGGGACCAAAGAAAAUACAAUGCAUGGAUGCAGAGUGGACAAGUUUGCCUACUUGCGUUGAACAACUUAAAACAUGUGGAUAUCUACCUGAACUCAAGCACGGCUAUGUCCUUCAUCCUGCUCCUUCCUAUCAACAUGGAGUUUCAGUUGUAUUGACUUGCAAAAAGACAUACACAAUGAUUGGCAAUAACACUGUAACUUGUAUUAGUGGAACGUGGACAGAAUUUCCUACAUGUGUUGCUACACAUGAGCUUAGGAAGUGUGAACGAUCAAAGCUUGGAACAAGAACAGUCAUCAGACCACAUCUGACUGAAUUUAAUCAUAAUGCCAGAAUAAAUUAUAAAUGUUCUGGAACAUACAAAUACAAGCAAACAGUCUGCAUUAAUGGGAAAUGGGAACCUGAACCAGACUGCAUAGAAAAAAAGACAGAACUCUGCCCACCUCCACCACAGAUACCUAAUGCUCAGAAUAUGGUAACCACUGUGAAUUAUCAGGAUGGGGAAACAGUAGCUGUUCUAUGCAAAGAAAAUUACCUACUAUCAGAGGCAAAAGAUAUUGUAUGUAAAAAUGGACAUUGGCAGUCAUUACCACAAUGCAUUGAGUCUGAAGGCUUUUGUGGGCCACCUCCACCUAUUAACAAUGGAGAUAUCAUCUCUUUCCAACUGUGGGCAUAUCCUUCAGGAUCGACAGUGGACUACAGUUGCCAGGCCUUCUAUAAACCCCAGGGCUCCACAAAGGUGAUAUGCCAAAAUGGACAGUGGUCAGAUCCUCCAAAGUGCUUGGAUGCAUGUGUAAUAUUGGAAGAAGUAAUGGAAAAAAAUAACAUACAAUUAAAAUGGACAAACAACAAAAAACUUUAUGUGAAAACAGGGGACACUGUUGAAUUUGAAUGCAAAUUAAAAUACAAAGCAAAGACACCAUUACACUCAUUUCGAACAACCUGUAAUGAAGGGGAAUUUCAAUAUCCUGUGUGUGAGUGAAGCAAGCAGAGUUUCCUGGAAUAUACUCUCAGAAGUAACCUCAUGAAUGAUCAGCAUCUCAUUCUAUAGCCAAUACUGUAAUUGUAUUUUAUUCUAUCAACUAGUGCUUAAGUUUUUUAGAACUCUGAUUUUCACAGUCUCAAAAAUGUAUAAACUGAGAGAACAAUGCUUCACUUGUUUGAGUGUGGGUCUCUUAGUCAUAAACUUACACAGAAAGAUAAUAUAUGCCCUUAAUUAAUCUAAUUCUACCUAAGCUCUUCUAAUUGUUUUAAAUAUGUGAGGUAAUUCUAUAGGUUUUUUUAUCAACUUCUUUCCAGAGAAAAUGGAAAUGUUAUACUAAUUGAUAUUUAUGUUAAUAUUGCUUGCAUACAAUAUUAACAUAAUAUAAUAGCAUAUCAUAUAAUUGUGCUUAUAGCAAGCAUUAAUAAACAUCUGUAAGUUCUCUAAUAUGACUCUAGUGUCAAAUAGUGAACCUCCCUUAAAGGACAAAAUACAGCAUCUUCCAAAAAUGAAUAGAAGGUAGAAAUCUAAACAAGUCCCAGUAUAGAAGUUCUAAUCUAGUCAAAGGGACUGUGUACAUAGAAUAAGGUGAGGGUUCCUAGUUUAUGAAAACUGUCUACAUAAAAUAAGUACAUAAAAUAGUGUUUUAUAAAUAAAUACAAUGUUUCUUUAUUAA